GCGUACGAUCAAGCUUAGCUAAAAAGGUCCAGGAAAAAAGCCCACAAUGGUUAGCACACAUUGUGUUAUUCAUCGGCAAGCUUUGGCUUCCCAAAACAUUGCCACAGAAAUUACACCUGGCGUUGGACUCGGCUAUAAGGAUUGUAUUUACUUUGCGAGGAUCUCGAUUCUGAUCACAAAGUCCUUCGGUUCCAUACAGAAGUACGCCGGCUGUCCAAAGGCAACAUGUUGGCUCGCCUUUAUGAAUUGAAAGAAGAGGCAAUUCUUUUUCUUGAGUUCAAAGAAAAACACGAUUUCUUAACAGUGUUCAAAGAUGGCACAUUUCAAUGGAGGUGGGCUUAUUUAACUGACAUAUUUGACUCCUUGAAUGAGCUAAACAUGAAACUUCAGGGCAGAAACAACACUAUAAUAAGUAAUUUAUUAUGAUUAUAUUCAGGGGUUCAUAUCACAGCUUCAACUGUGGAAUUAGAAAGUGUCUUCCGAAAAUGUUAUAUCUUUUUCU